GAGUAACUACAACUCUACCCUUUGCCAGUUGUCCCUUCAUUUUGGCCUCCCUCCUUUUCCCUCUCCCUCUGCCACGUCCAUGUUGUUGGACAUGACAAACCGAAACAAACCCUACACCAUCUGCUUUAUCUUUCUCUUUUGGUUCCAUUCAAAUUUCAAAAACCUCUUCUCUUUCUCUCUCUCGUCCCUUUUUCCCUCUCUUGUUUUCUCUGUACUUUCCUUCAUCUUCUUCUUUCAUUUCUUCUUCCCCUUCUUUCUUCUUUGAAGAAUCAAAACAAUAGCCCACAGUGGAGCGAAUAAGGGAGAUGAGGAACAAAGGCUAUUCUGCCGAGGAUUUCGGAUUCGUAAGGAUCGUGUGGUGGUCGGCCACCGUUUAUGCGAUGGUAUGAACAAGGGAGGCGACAAUGGUACGAUGAUAUAGACUGGAUCGACUUUUUCCGCUGAAAAGGGUUCUGCAACUUUGUCAAUGGCGGAAGUUUCGGUUUUGGUAUUUUAUUUGUUUAUCCAAAAUGCUGAUUUUGUGUUUGAAAGACAGGUGUCUAAUAUGUAGGUUACAAAAGUUUGCAAAAGUUUUCUUUCCUUUCUGGCUUUGUUGAAAAACCUGUAGCUAUUUUGGGCCUUCAAUACAAGGAGCAGCCAGAAAUUUGUUGGGUUCAACACAGAAUCAGACGACAGGGAGCAGCCAUGAGUUUGCAGAUAAGGUCAUGAAUUGAGUUUCACAGUUGAAAAUGUAUUUGGUGUUUAUCGAGACACUGACGGGGUUAAUGUUUAUGGUGAAAGGAAUUUGGUAAGAAAUUUUAAACAUUUUAUAUUUUAGAUUUGAGUGUGGUUGUAAGUCCACAAGCCCAUUAGAAUUAAUAGUUGAUUUCAAUGUUAUAAAUAGGUGCUUUUGUAAGUGUAAUAAUCAUCAAGAAAAAUGAAUGGAAUUAGUUUUAUAGUUAUUAGUCUUUUUAGCGUAGAUUUCUCUUGUUUCUCUUAGUGGCAAAAGCAUGUUCAUAACAAAUGGUGCUUUCAUUGCCAUGGAUUCUCCUCCAUAUCAUCACUACCAUCAUGAUACUACAACUAUCAACACCCACACUUUGUUGAAACCUCAAACAUAUCAACAUCCCAACACACUUUUCUACUCACAAUCAACAAUUCACCAAUCCACCAUGGCAUCACCUCAAAACCUCUGUUCUUACACUAAAUCCAUUGUUCAACAAAUUUUGGAUUCGCAACAAAUUUGUCUUCAAACAAUGAGCAGUUGUGUUACUACACUUUCUUCCAUUAAUGCUGACAUAUCCUCUUUAAAUAACCACCAACAAUAUCUUGAAAUUUCCACUCCUCAACUUUAUCUUCACCACUCCACACCUGAAUUUCAAUCGAAGCCCCAACAUAAAGUCAUUGUUCCACCACAAAUCUUUCACGAUUGUGUGGUUGAAUCCAAAACGAUUGAAAACAACCACAACAGUGUCAUCGGAACUUUUGGGACGAUACACAGUUACGAAGAAGUCACAAAAACAUCAGAAAUUUUAAAUGUUGCGAUUACCGUUGAAAGAAAAUUGUUUAUUUCUGCAAUUGAUGAGAAAUCAAAGACGCACACAGUAGAAAAAAGUGAGCAAACUGAACUUCUAAAUUUGUUUCCAACAAAUCAUUUUCUUCUUCCUUGCGAUUUAGAUUCCCAACCUCCACUACUAAAGCCACCAUCGUCAGAUUUUGAAAUGAAAUAUACAAUUUUUCAACUUCCGGCGUCGGCACCGUAUCCACCGCCAAAACCACCGGAUUCUCCACCGAAACCGCGGUCCCUUAUUACUGAACAACAUCAAUAUGGUUUGUAUAAUUAUUUCCACCAUCAACAAAAUGAAACAAACAUUUCCCGCCUCCAUAAUCUGCAGCACGAUCUCGAUGCUCUCAAGAAAUUCGAUGGCGCUUACCGGCAUAACCUCUUUGAUUCCCGCGUCGGUGAAACCAUAUGGCCUUAUGGUUCUGGUGUAUGGAGAAAAAUAGAUUGGGUUCUACAUGAGAUCGACGAUGAUGACAUCAUUAGUGCAUUUGAAGGUAAAUUUAAUCUUUUUUGGGCUGAACAUUUUGACAAACAGUUUCUAGGCAAGAAUCAUUGGUGGGUUAAGAAUUGUGGUACUAGCCAUACUGAUAAUUUCAAGGAUCUUGGUAUGAUUGUUCUUGCUAGUAAGGUUAACCAUAGAAAAAUAAACUUCCCUAUUGUUGUUGUUGGAUAUGUUUCUACUAGUGACACUUCUGCUGCCUUAUCUGCUUAUUUUCCAUAUGUUGGAAUCCCUUCAAUUGCUUUCAUGCCUGGUAAUAGAAUUUAUAUUGCUCAAUUAGGUCAACUGAUUGCCAAUGGUGCUUUUGUUCUUAGCAUUGGUACUGAUUUUGAUGGGUCUAAACAGUUGAUUCGUGAAGUAACUGCUGAAAUGCCUAUUUAUUUGGCUAAUUCUAUUAACAGUUUGAGACCCGAGGGACAGAAAACUGCUGCUAUUGAGAUUUUGCAACAGUUUGAUUGCCAGGUACCUGAUUGGGUUAUUGUACCCGGUGGAAAACUUGGUAAUAUUUAUGCUUUUUGUAAAGGGUUUCUAAUGUGUAGAGAGUUAGGUCUUGUGGAUAGGCUUCCAAAGCUUGUUUCUGUUCAAGAUGCAAACGUAAAUCCUUUUUACGUUAAAUUGGGUUGGAAAGAGUUUAAGCCUGUUAGGGAACAUACUACUUUUGCAUAUGUUAUUCAUGUAGGUGAUCCUGUUUAUAUGAAUAGAUUUGUUCAUGCUUUGAAGCAUUGUAAUGGUAUUGUUGAGGUAACAAUCAAUUGGGUGGAUGAAUUGAGUUUGGAAGGUUAUAUUUUUCUUGUUUUCAUCUCACAUGUGAUUCAGGAAAUAAGAAAGGUUGCAGAAAUGCUAAGGCCUAUAUUGAACCUUGUAAGAGAAAAAAAAGGGAUCACAAUUUUCAAGUGGCUCGGUUAUGAUCUUAGACUUCUAUGAGAGACUAGUUUUUCACACCGUAGAGCUUGUUUGGAUGCUACAUCAGAAAGACAACACCUAUAAUGGCUAUAACAUGCAUAGUUCUGAAAUGAGAAGUAGUAUUAGUAGUUCUUAUUGUGAUUGGGUUCACCACCUUCUGAGGAAAUGCUUCUCAUUCUUUCUCAUAAUUGGUGCACCAACGUCUCAUACACAUUCUCAUUCAAUCACUCAAGAUUUGUGUGUGUCUACAAUGGGAAGAUCGUAUCACAUCAAGCAAUGGGAUCCUGGUGUCCAAUUAAAGAUGUAAACAAAAUCUUGGUUAUUCAAUUUUAAGUAAUGGGAUCCGGGAAGAAAAUUUGUGGUAGAUGUAAUCUUCACAACCUUGAGGACAAGGUUGUUUUCCAAGAUUGGUGGAAUGUAAUGAUCUAGACCCCCAAGUCCACAAGCCCAUUAGAAUUAAUAGUUGAUUUCAAUGUUAUAAAUAGGUGUUUUUGUAAGUGUAAUAAUCAUCAAGGAAAAUGAAUGGAAUUAGUUUUAUAGUUAUUAGUCUUUUUAGCGUAGAUUUCUCUUGUUUCUCUUAGUGGCAAAAGCAUGUUCAUAACAGUGGUUUAUUUAAACUGUUUUCAAUUUGGAAGUGUUCCUCCAACUAUUUGAUGAAAUGCCGGUUUAUCUUUUCGAUACUUAAUUAGGUUUAUCUUUAUGUUGUUUGAUGCACUUUGCAUUAUGAUUUGAUUUAUCUUCGUGGAGGAACAUGUAAGUUGGUGGUUUUGUAAAUGCAGUUCAUGAUGAUGGUGAACCUUUUCAUCAUGAUUCUAUAAUCAUAGUAGUAAUGUGACCUGUGGUUGUUUUCAUGUAAUGUUGUUAAUUAAUGCUUCACUCUCUGUUAUAAGAAAACUAUUGGGUGUCAGUAGUGUUAAUAACCAGAUUGGAGUUGCUUAUGUGGGUCUUAUUUUUAUCUUGAUCAAACAUGUUAAAAUGUAUAGCUAUCCCGAUUGCUUCAGGAUAACUAUCCCGAAUUUGUUGCCAAACAGGUUUUUAACAAUUAUUGUGAUUUUUUUUUUUAAAUAUGUUGGAGUUUUUCAUGUUUAGUGACUAAUAUCGUUGCUUAAUUCGGUGGUUUUUUGUUUAUUUGUUUCUGUUUGUGUAGAUUUUUAUCAAUGUUCCUUGGUGGUACCAUGCCUUUUCUAGGAUGAUUAGUCCUUUCCUGACACAGAGGACCAAUGUAUUUGCUGGCUCCUCCAAAUCUGCUGAUACCCUUUUCAAAAAAGCACUUUGGUAUGGGAAAUCAGAGUGGUGGAUUGGAAUGUGAGCUACGGAGCAGAAAAUGAGCUUAGGAAGAUGGUUGAGUUGCGGAAAGAAAUAAGAAUAAUCCUUCAAAACAUGAAAGGCGGACUUCAAAGUAAAGAUGUACUUUUUAACAUGUUGAAACAAUACGAUGAUGCUCUUGCACAAGUUUCUGUUGCUGAUGUUCAAGAAGUUUCGUGCUCUAAUAGUCAUCUUUCAGUUGGUUUUGAAAAUAGUGUGAUAGUGAGAAUAGGGUGAAUUUGCUUUUAACUCAUACUGACAUUGAGAAUAAUAAGAAUAGUAUAGUAUGUGAAGCUUUAUUUUCUUUUAACUCAUACUAACAUUUGUUUCAAAGGCUUUGUUUCUCAUUAGUUAGUAGUUACAACUGUUAUAAAUAUGUUAUAUAUUUUUAAUUAUGUUAGAUUUUGAUCUAAUAUAUGUGUUAAAUACAUUGUGUCAGCUAAAUUUUCAACCCAAAUAAUUUAAGUUUUCUAGCAGGGGUUCUGUAUUUUUUAAAACCACAACUUUAAAUGCUUUUUAAUUGAGAUGUGGCUCAUAAUUUGUUUUACUUCUUCAUACCAUAACAUAAUAUAACAAUGGGUUAAAUAUGUUUUUAGUCCUUAUAAAUACGCGACCCUGUAAUUUUGGUCCCUAUAAAAAUUUUCUUCGAAUAAUAGUCCUUGCAAAUUUUUCCAUCCACAAUUUUGGUCCCUGCCGU